UGGCAGCCCAUGAGCGAUUGGGCUCGACAUUCUCUGGCCCUCUUGGAGGGGGGUGUUUUUGAAGGACGCCUGCAAUCCUGAGUCACGUCUACUCUCGUCAACACAGGCAGGUUGGAGGGUCCUUUGAACUUGUUAUUUACCAUGCUGUUCCUCGGACUCUUACCGCUGAUGCUGCUGAGGGGGUGUGGUUGCCAAGCGGCAGACGUUCCUGAGGAUGUGACAGCAGAGUUCUCGGUCAGACUGUACCACCAGCUCCAAAUCACAGGAGGAGAGGAGAACAUCAUCUUCUCCCCACUGAGUGUGGCUCUGGCUCUGGGCAUGGUGGAGCUGGGCGCCCAGGGCUCUUCUUUAGAGGAGAUCAGACAGGCUGUGGGCUAUAGUCAUUUCAGAGAAGAUGAGGAGUUCUCUCUGUUGAGCAACCUGACUCAGGCCCUGUCCACAGACGAAGAGCAGUAUGUGGUACGGCUGGCCAAUUCUCUCUUUCUACAAACGGGGGUUCACUUCAGCGAGGACUUCCUUCAUCUGAUGAAUAAGUAUUUCAAAGCUGAAGUGGAGACGGUGGACUUCGGCGAGUCAGAAGCCGUGGCCGAACACAUCAACUCUUGGGUCCAAAACCACACAGAGAGCAAGAUCCACAACCUGGUAUCGACAGAAGAUUUCAGCAGUGUUACAACGAUCAUGCUAGUGAACGCUGUGUACUUCAGAGGCAGCUGGAAGAAUCAGUUCAGACCAGAAAACACCAGAACUUUCUCCUUCACCAAGGAUGAUGGCAGUGAAGUGCAGACCCUGAUGAUGUACCAGCAGGGAGACUUUAACUAUGGAGAGUUCAGUGAUGGCACCACAGAGGCAGGUGGAGUGUAUCAGGUUCUGGAGAUGCUCUAUGAAGGUGAAGAUAUGAGCAUGAUGAUUGUGUUGCCCCGUCAAGAGGUUCCUCUGGCCUCUCUGGAGCCCAUCAUCAAAGCUCAGUUGCUGGAGGAGUGGGCCAACAAUGUCAAGAGACAGAAGGUGGAGGUCUACCUGCCCAGAUUUAAGGUGGAGCAGAAGAUCGAUCUGAGAGACACACUGCAGCAGCUUGGGAUCAAGAACAUCUUCACCAAAGACGCUGAUCUGUCAGCCAUGACAGCUGAGAUAGCAGAAAGACAGGAUCUGUUUAUCAGUAAGGCAGUGCAGAAAGCGUACUUGGAAGUAACAGAGGAAGGAGCCGAAGGGGCGGCCGGAUCAGGUAUGAUCGCAUUGACGAGGACGUUGGUGUUGUACCCUCAGGUGAUGGCAGACCACCCCUUUUUCUUCAUCAUCAGAAACAGAAAAACAGGUUCCGUCCUUUUCAUGGGCCGAGUCAUGACCCCUGAAGUCAUCGAGCCCUUUGACAACAACUUUGACAUGUAAAACGCCAGCACAUAAAUGUGACACUUAACCGAGUUAAUGCUUAUCUUCAACGAACCACAAGUCACGCCAUCACAGAAAGCGAGUUGUUAACUCAUUCCGUUGCAAUGCUUUUCUAAACACAUGAGAAAAUAUUAUAUAAACAGAAUAUUUAUAUAUUAAAAGUGAUUGUGUUUUGAUACCUGUAAGCUUUAACCACACCAGGAAAUACAGAGCUGUAAAUUUUUGAGGUAAAUCGGUCUUUGCGGCCAUUUGAACGUAUUCUCGCUCCAUUCCAUCUACACAUGUUUUAUCACACCUCUUAUUCGGCACCAGCAUCAUUCGGUCCUUUAGUCUUCUCAGACUUGUAUAUUUGCUAUUGUCUUUUCCGUAGAGAAACAUUGAUAUUUAUUGCGAGGAUGUGUGCAGUUCUCUAUAUGUAGACUUGGUCAUUUUAUUCCUUUUCCUAUAUUUAUUUGGUUUUGUACAUGGCUGAUGUACUGCUGACAUACUAAUAUGCCUUAUUAUACACCAAUCAGCCACAACAUUAAAACCACAUGCCUAAUAUUGUGUAGAUCCCCCUCGUGCCACCAAAAUAGCGGCAAUACGCGUCUCAAAUCCUGGGAUCACACAAAACUGUCGCUAGAAUUUAUUCAGAAUGGUGCCAAAGACAAAAAAACUCCAGUGAGGGUCAGUUCUGUGGACGGAAACACCUUGUUGAUGAGAGAGGUCAACAGAGAAUGGCCAGAAUGGUUUGAACUGACAAAGUCUACAGUAACUCAGAUAACCACUCUGUACAAUUGUGGUGAGAAGAAUAUCAUCUCAAAGCUGUUCUGAGAUGCGGGUUGGCGCUGUUUUGGCGGCACAAGGGGGACCAACGCAAUAUAAGGCAGGUGGUUUUAAUGUUGUGGCUGAGUUUUUGAUUUAAUGAAAGGUUGUGAAUGUACAGGUAGUGCAGCACUGUUGCCAUGGAGACUCAGGCGGGCUGAGCGAGAAAGCAUUUGGUAUAUUGAUAAAAAUACCAGCUGUAUUCUCUAUUUCAGAAAUAAAGAUGAAUGUCUUCAACCUUUCCUCUUUUGCUAUUUCAGAAACUGCCAUGUUGAAAAUUCAAGAUGUACGCAGAGAUAAACACAAUAUACUGUACAUACACUGUCAAAGUACUGUCUAAAAUAACCUUUGAUUUUAGACAUUCAAAGUGGCAUGUCUAAAUGCCACUUCUUGAGCAUAAAGGUCACCAGAUGGAGGUCCAACGGUUCAACCGCCUAAACAUGCUUGGACCAGCUAAAAUCCAGCUACCAUGUUCCAAAACACAGCUGCUGUGGACUGUGGACUAAUUGCAGAAAAUAUGUCAAUUUUUUUCAGAAAUCCUCCCCAAAUA